UGCUGAGCAGUAGACAGCGAGGGGCAUCAGCUGACUGAUAUAUACAUUUAUAUACUGUAUAUACACUAUCUCCUGGGGCAGCCAUGAAAUUCCAGUAUAAGGAGGAUCAUCCUUUCGAAUACAGGAAGAAGGAGGGCGAGAAGAUCAGAAAGAAAUACCCGGAUAGGGUGCCUGUUAUUGUAGAAAAGGCGCCUAAGGCCAGAGUCCCAGACCUGGACAAGAGGAAAUACCUGGUUCCCUCGGAUCUAACAGUUGGGCAAUUUUACUUCCUCAUCAGGAAGAGAAUUCACCUUCGCCCAGAGGAUGCCCUCUUCUUCUUCGUCAACAAUACCAUUCCUCCCACCAGUGCAACCAUGGGACAGCUUUAUGAGGAUAACCACGAGGAGGACUACUUCCUGUACGUGGCCUACAGUGAUGAGAGUGUGUAUGGAAAGUGAUGGCUCAGAUGGCACAACCCACCAAACCCAACACCAUCACCUCCCAUGACCAACCAUUUCACAGAAUACCCAACCUCUAGGACUGCACAGCACAUGGAACCUACCAGCUCUGGAUCUUGAUGUCUGUGGAAGGUGUAAGGGGAGUGGGUGGGAGUAGACUUGCCAACCUCAGUGGAUGGAUAGCUCAAGAUAAGAAGACAUGCCCGUCAGCUAACAUGCCUGAUUGACUGGUGGCCUUGAUUGUGAUACUUAGCUUUGAGCCUCCAACACGCUUGGGCUCGGCACUAAAUAAAAACCCGUAGGGCCAUGUGGUUCCACCGUGCUGAGCUGGCCACCUUUAGGCUUGGGCUGAGCCAUCCCUUUAUAGUGCAACACAAACAUUCCCGUUAGCGCACACCCCACCAUGUUUCCUAUUGGUCCAGACCAAGUCUUGUCUUUUCUCACCAGGUUCCCUCCCGUAUGUGGCAAAGCAACAGUCCAUAUUAUUGUAAAUAAUGAAUGUUUAACCUGCGUCAGAGCUGUGAUGGUGGAACACAAUUACAAUUCACAGUCUUUUUCCAUUUAUGCUCUUUUACUUUUUUAUUGGAUUAGAAAACAUGGUCAGUGCCCCUAGGGAGGGCUAUUGCUUAAGCAUUCCUACAGCUACAGCCAUUUCUCAUCUCCAUAGAAAUACCAGUUUACUGAUUAUUUCUUAUUCCAUUCACUAUAAAUAAAUAUAAUAAUAGGUGUCAGGUUAGCUUCGGUUCCACUAACCCCCUGCAACCAAUCAGCAAGCCAUUGCCAUUGCAAUUACCAAACAGCUGAUUGGUUGCUAUGGGUUACCAGUCCUUGAGCAAACUUUGCACAGGUUAUUACAUGCCCCCUCCCCCCUUUUUGCACAUGAAAUGCACAUUAAGUAAAUUAUAAGCCAAAUUACUAUGUUUUUGAACCAAAACAAUGAUGACAUUUCUGUAUGAAAGUGUUUGCGUGUGCAUGGCCUCAAAGAGUGGUUAAGUAGGGGGUUAUUAUAUCCAAGAUGGAUGAACCUCCUGUCUAGAUCAGUGCAUUUGGCAGCAAUCUAAAUCACAGGUGCCCACCUAUAGUUCAUUUAUUUUUGGACUACCACUCCCAGCAGCCAUUGCAGGCCAAUGCAGUUGUAUGAAUAUAUGAAAGGCUGCAGGUUGCCUAUCAAUAGAUUAUAUAUCUAAUAAGAGGGGUUGCACAUAUAUCUAUAGACACACAUUACUCACAACCCAGCAAUCCAUUCCGAAACAUCAACAAUUCAUACAUUCACAAGCAAUUUUAUACAAUAUAAAAGCCUGAUACUGGUGAAACCUGGGAUGUGUUCUCUCGUUAGAAUGAAGAUAUAGUACUGUAACACGACCUCGCUUUGUGUCCUGAAAUUAACUUGGAUAAAACAUAAUAUGUUUUAGUUGUAUAAUUGUUGCACCGGGCCUGUCUUGUUAGGGAAGUGAUACUGGAGUUAAACAUAUUAAAGAGAUUAAAGGGGAAGUUCAAUAAUGAAAAGGACAAGUAAAAGUCUACCAUAAUGCACAAUUUGGCCUUCAAACUGCCCUGUUGUUGCUAUGGUCCCUGAUCCCAGAAACCGGGCAGUGGGGUAGGAAAAAGACUGGAAAAGAAAUAGGAGAAGAACCAACCUUAGCAACCAGAUAGCAGCUGGAAUUUCAGCCAGGAGAUAAGGAAAACAAUUUGAGGCAGAGUAGUAUAGGGUAUUUACUUCUAUAAUGGAUUUAAUAUGAACUUCCCCAUGUGGAAUUGGAAGUGCACAUUUCUGAAAUGUAUUUAAGGUGUUUAUAUAAUAUUUGUGUGGAUGGUGUGCAGAAAUCUGGGUGCAAUACUGCAGGUGUCCUCUGGGUGUCAGUGCAGUGCAAAAGGCAAUUUUUUUUCCCUGUUAAAUAAUACUGACUGUGCAAGUCCCAGCACUUGUAUAAUUGCUGGGCUGAGGGCUGUAGAUUGAUUUUGUUGCAGUGUAAUACAAACUGUCACAUCGGUAGAGACCUUGUGAUGUGCAACUCCCAGGACCCCACUCAUUUGUAGGGUGCUGGGAGUUCUAUCUCACAGCAUCUCAAGGGCUGCAAUGUAACAUAUGAAGGAAACUUUUUAAUGUUAUAAUAAAUGUUAGUUUUGCUUAAUAGAUCGAGUGACUAAAGUCUUUAUCAAUAGUAACAGCGAAUAGAGCUAAAACAUCUGAAUUAAAGGAGUACACAUCCGCCCUGUGCGCUCAUCUGCAACCAUUCCUUUUAGAUAACACUACAGAGCUGCUAUUGUCUUUGUUAAAUAAAUCUGUUUUCCAUGCAA